AUGCGUGGCCAUUAUGGCGCGGCUAUCACGCACAUUACGAGCGGACUCAAGAUCCUCAGCGAGCUUCGUAGCACACCGUCGAGCUCUAAUUAUCUCAAGCCUUCUGGUGUAGGGCGUACCUCAUACGUCUCUAUUGACGUUUUAUGUGGGAUAUUUUCGCGCCUUCAAGCGCAAGUAAUAGUGACACUUCCUGAAAAAAGCCCCUCAUCUUUCGAGAAAAUAUGGCCCGCUCGGGUGGUUGAACAGGGUCAACCUGUCGUAUUCAAAUCCUUAGCUCAUGCGCGUGAGAUGCUAGAGAUCCAUACCUACGACUAUCGACAGCAGAGCAUCAAGUUACUCGACCAGCAGAUACAGGGAAACUUGACGGAUUGGACUACUUCUACAGACUUCGUUUCUCCUGUCAGUCUGGAGGCUGCUGCUCUGCGCGAUACCUUCCUCUCUAUCCUUGAUUCCUGGUCCACUGCGUUAGACAAUUAUCUACGAGACCAUAGCGCCUCCAUGACAAUCCGUCAGCAGCGCGGAGCUGCUAUUCUUAAAGUUCGUGAGCUUGACUCAUUCAUCUCAUUAGACGUUAUUCCGUCUAUAGGAGGGCUCGCAGUAGACAACCAAAUGCUGUGGGAUAGUUAUAUUCCUCUUUUCGAGCGAAUUGUGACGCUCGGAGAAUCCAUUAUUCAAUGGUUUCCUUACUCUUCGCUUUCAUCAUCGCCAACGAAUUUCUCACUCGAUCUCGGCAUUGUCGGUACAUUGUUUAAUGUGGCUGCGCGGUGUCGCGAUCCUCGUAUCCGACGUCACGCUAUAAGUGUUCUCCGCGCCGCUGCCGUUCAGGACGGGGUAUGGAAUAGUGCCGUUGUAGCGGAUAUAGCAGAGAAAUGGGUCGAAAUUGAGGAAGAAGGGCUAGGCACCGUAACAACCUGUGCAGAUGUCCCUCCAGACUCACGGCUAAUACAUUUCCUGCCUGUGUUUGACGUGGACCAGUGUAGUGCACUGGUCUACUUUUGUUUCACGUUGAAGAUAGACUCGGGCAGUGUGCGUGGAGAGGUGUUUCAGUGGUAG